AAAUACGAAUAACCUAGAAAAAAAAAAAAUUUGAAAAUUGUACUGAAAAGCGUGGAAACUAGUGGAAAGUAGGAAAUUAGAGACAACAACCCAGAGGACACAUUGAAAACACUAUUGCAUCAACAUGUGCUCUUAAAAUUUGUAUAUUUUAUUUUUUAAUUUGAUUAACCAGCUGCAGCAUAGGAGCUGAGCAUGUCUCAGAUAUUCGAUGGUUUGGACUUCAAUCCCAGCUUCAAGACAGAUAAUGAAUAUGCCAAAAACUAUAAUAACUGGAGAAAUAAGGAGGAACUGAAUAAGUUUAAAACCAAGUAUGGUGAAGAUAUUGACCAAGAAGAAUCUUCAAGUUCAUCUGAAGAUGAAGAUGGUAUAGAAUUGUCAGAGAAUCUAGAGAAAGACUUUUUCAAAACACUAGCCUGUUUGAAAAAUAAGGAUCCACGAAUCUAUGAUGAAAAUGUACAGUUCUUCAGUGAAAACAUUGAAGAGAGUAGGAAAAGUUCAAGAAAGAAGAAGGAUGAGGUAGUAACAAUAAAAGACUAUGAGAGAAAACUCAUAUUAGAGAAAGGGGGAGUACUCAGUGAUGAAGAGGAUGAGUAUGAAGAAAAUAGGCCAAGGUCACCAACAUAUGUUGAAGAGCAGAAGCAAUUGAAAGAGAAUUUGAAGAAAGUCCUUGAUGAUGUUGAUGAGGAUAAUGAAGAUAAUGAGUGGGGAGGCAUUUUCCAACAGAGGCAAAAAACUAAAGAAGAAAAAGACAAGGAAGAAGCUGAUUACAAAAAGUGGCUGACAGGGCAGAAAAAGAAUUUAGAUGACAAGACUGUAGAGUCUGAAUUGAAACCACUCAAAGAUUAUUGGAACAAACCAGACCUUGAUGAGGAGGAAAAAUUCUUGAGGGAUUAUAUCUUGAAGAAGAAGUUCUUAGAUGAUGAUGAGGAUGAUCAUGUUCCAACUUAUGAUGAAAUAGUUCAUGACUCAGAUCAGGAUUUGUCAAAUGAUGAAGAAAACAUUGAGAAGCAAGAGGAAUUUGAACACAAGUUCAAUUUCAGGUUUGAAGAACCUGACCAAGAAUUUAUCAAACAGUUUCCCCGUACUGUGGAAAAUUCUUUGAGAAGAAAGGAUGAUAGAAGGAAAGUGAAAAGACAAGAAGUGAAAGAAAGAAAGAAAAGUGAAAAGGACGAGAAAAUGAGGGAGCUGAAAAAACUCCAGGAGUUGAAAAGAAAAGAGAUUGAAGACAAACUGGAGAAAUUGAAAGAGAUCACUGGAAAUGAAAGUUUAGGAUUCAAUGGAGAAGAUAUUGAUGGUGAUUUUGAUCCAGAUGAACAUGACAGAAAAAUGAAAGCACUAUUCAGUGAUGAAUAUUAUGCAGGUGAAGAAGAUGAACAAAAACCACAGUUUCCAGAUCUAGAUGAAGAACUAGAAAUCGAAAACUGGGAACGUUACAAUGUUGGCAAUCAAGAUGCCUCCCAUUGUGAGGAUGAUGACUUCAAUAUGGACUGUGAUUAUAAUCCACAAAUGUCCACCCAAGAAGAGCUUAUCGAAAACAGCCGAGGUAGGAAAAAACGCAAGCGGAAGUCCAAAUUUGCUGAGGCCUUGGGCAAACCCAAGCCAAAAUACGACCCCAGCGACAGAAACUAUGAGAAAUACUUUGAUGAUUACUACAAGUUGGACUGCGAAGAUAUCGUGGCGGACAUUCCCUGCAGGUUUAAGUACCGCAAAGUGGCCCCCAAUGAUUUUGGAUUGACCACUGAAGAGAUUCUGUUGGCAAACGAACGGGAAUUGAACAAGUGGUGUUCGCUUAAAAAAGCCGUCCAGAUACGACCAGAUCACGUGGAAAAAUUCGAGCAGGUGGCUUAUAAGAAGAAGGGGCAAAAUGUGAAUUUGAAGAGAAAAAUUUUACCGAGCCUGUUCUCUAAGGAGCCUGAUGACGGUGCACCGCAAGGCUCUAGCUCUAAUGUUGUCACAGACCAAUCAACUAACGAUCGAAAUGUCCAGAAAAAAGAGUUAGAAAAUCAGCAAGGAGAAUCUAAAAAUGAAAAGAAGAUCACUACUUUGGCGAAGAAAAUUCUAUCUAACGAUUCUGAUGAAUUACGUUCUGAAGAAGUUGCAGACCAUUCUAGUACCAAGGAAGCUAUCCAAGACAAAGUUCAAAAGAGCGAAACUGUAAAUAAAAAGAAGAAGAAAAAGAAGAAGAAGCCAAAAACUAAUUUGGUGAAGAAAGAUACACCAAGCUUGGUUUCUGACAUUCCUAAUAAGGAAAAUUUGAAUUCUGAAGAAGUUACAGACCAACCCAAAACCAACAAAACAAUGAAGAAAGAGGAAGAAGAAGCAAAACGGCAAACACCAGCAUCUUUGAACAAGAAGAAGAGGAAGAAGAAGGCUCCCAAGCUGAUGAAAGGAGAAGAAAAAACUUCUCAAAUUUCAGCUAAAGAUAAGAAGAAGUUGAAAAUUGAAAGAAAACUAGGGGUGACAAAGGAGGGAAGUUUGAAGGAUACCAAGAUGCCCGGUAAAAUAAAGCAAUUGAAGAGGAAGAGGAAGAACAGUGAUAAUGAUGGUGCAAUUAAGAAAGGUUCAAAAAGGGUCAAAAUUUCGAAACAGGGUGAUGGUAAUAAUUUAUUGGGUCUGUCUGAUGCGAGACUAUCUGCAUAUGGUAUUAAUCCUAAGAAAUUCAAGAAUAAAUUGAAAUACAAGAAGUA